AUGGUCUUUGUAGCAGCAGGGUUUUUACACUACAAGUCAAGGAAAAAGAAAAGACGCCAAGCAGGGAAUUUUCAGAAAACAGAUUCACAUGCCCUUUCAGCAGAACAUAAUGACCAAACAGCCUCAUUGGUAACUGUAGAUAUACCUCCUAUGACGGAUACAGCUCGUGAUACAGAUAUCUACGCUGACAUAAGAUCCUCUCAAAUGAUGGAAUCUCAAAGCCAGGCUUUACCCAAAGGAAACAAUCUGUCUAUCCAAACGGAGGAAGAAUUAAUGGAUUUAACCAUAGGGUAUGAUGGAGACUACAGAAAUAUCUUAGCUUCACAUUCUUGUGGAAGAAGCAAAGAAGAUGAUAUUUUAAAGGCCGAUAAGCAGGAAAAUGAUUAUGGUAUUUUUGAAGAAAGUUGUCAGUACAGUGUGUUGUCCUUAAGAAGAAACUUCGAUCCUUCUGAAAUGGAAUGUUAUGCCGUGAAACAAUCACUUCGGCGUCAGCUUUCCCACAACAACGACGAUCCAUACUGUUUGACAAAUGUUUGGAUUUCUGAAGAUCACCGUAGUCUGGAUGACUGUGAUUCAGACUCUGAUGCCAGUUUAUCCUCCAAGCACUCCGAGGAUGCUUCUCAGAAAAGUAACAGACCCCAAACACAGGAUGAAACUCAGUCGUUCAAUUAACUGUUUUCGUCGUUUAUUGAAUGUCCCUUCAAAAUUUUUUCCACUAAAAUGGUGAGACCACCCUUGUCGGUGGAGAGCUGCAGAUACCAUUAACUUGAAUACUGACUGAAAUAUUUAAUAAAAAUUGUUAGACCAUCAUUUAAACACUGCAUUGUCUAAAGAUAUUUUUGCAUAUCAGUUUAUUACAAUAUGGAUUAAGAU